CACCUGAACUGUCCGUGAUUGCACAAAAAGAAUAAAAAAAAAAUUCAACAAAGAUUAAGGUAGCUUUUAAGCAUACUAAUUUGUUAAUUAAAACAGUGCUGUGACAGAAUAGCAUCACCUUCCUUCUUCUGCUGUCAAAGACGGUGUGGAAUGGAAUAAUAUAUAAAAGAAACAAACAACAAAAAGCAAAAAACAAUUAGCGUAGAUAUAUUGAUGCAGUUAUCUGAGAGAGACUUCUUGCAGUUAGCAUUGCUUCCGCACUGGCGCUAACACCCAGUCACAAUAUAGUUCCCGGAAAAACGCAGUCGGUCGUUGAAGGAUUCUGCUUUCGAUAUGAAAUCCCUGCUAUAUUUUAUUUUUCGUUUAAAUAUAAUGUAUAUUUCUUUUUUCAUCUUCGCUCCGUAUAUUUUAUUGUAACAGUGACCUUCAGCAGCAUCUGUGACUAGUACUAGUAGUAGUAAUAAUAAUAAUAAUAAUAAUAUUAAUAAUAAUAAUAAUUAUUAUUAUUUAAAAUAAUGGUGAUGAAGAUGAUAAUGAAAUCAUUGUUCUCACGAACUGUUAACCCGUGUACGCUAUACUAAAACAUUCAUGUUCACCAGUGGAGCAUUGUUCCUCGGUGUGUCUGUGUACAUAUAACACUCAGUCGUAUCUGCCGCUGACGUGAUGGUCGCAGCGAAAAACGAAAGUAACUGUUCACUGUCUGGAUUACUAAAAUAAUCUUAUUUCACUGUUACACACAGAUUCAUAAAUACACACACAAACACACGCACGCACACACACUUUCGUUGUGUAUAUACACAUGUAUACAUAAUAUACAUAUGUACGUGUAUACAUAUACAUGUUUAAAUAAACCUCCGUCAGAUUAAACUGGACGUACAAAGAAGAUUCAAACUUCCUGUCAAAUGGUAUAACAACCCAGUUUUCAAGCAGGACAGUUCCUUGCUUUAAAUUCCAGUGUACUACUUACUCUGAGCCUAUGAAUUGCAUAAUUUUUCUGGUAUUUAAGAAGUUUCAUUGAAUAGUUUCAAGAUGUUAGACUGGACCUACGCUGGCGUGGACUACAAUAUUCCUGGAAAUGGGGGGCGUGACUGUUUGAAAUUCCUCAGUGGAUUUCAGCGUGUUGUGGAAAGUAUUUUUGCAAUGGUGAUUUCAAUAAAGUUUAUAACUCGUGGAUAUAGGAAUAUCGUCAUACCAAAACAAUUGCCGAACUGGAUUGAACGAACUUCAAUAAUAAAAAGACUUUUGCUCAUCACACAUUGUUUAGUAUUUGGUAUUGAACUGGGAUUUAAGUUGGCUACCCAGCAAAUGAUCUGGGUACUAAACCCCUGUCAUAUUAUUACUAUCGUGCAGAUUUAUUUAUUGGCUGCACCACCCAGCAUCUUCACAUGGGCAACCUUCAGACUUCACAUGUACAUGUUGUCUGGGGCACCAUUGGCCUUGUUUUUCCCAGUAAUUAACACUCGAUUGUUGGUGUUUGAAAAAGAAGUCUACUACUUACAACAUACUUUAAUGUUGAUUGUUCCAAUAUAUCUUCUGAGACUGGGAGGUAUCUACACAUGUGAAGAGAUGAGUGACCUCAGCUGGGCUUUUGUUGCGAUUGGAAUUCUUAUAUUUUACCAUUUUAUACCACUACAGAUAAUUGCCAGUCUCUCCUCUGUCAAUCUCAACAAUAUAUUAUGCCCUGCUGUCUCAGAUCCAUUCUCUGGUCAGAUGUAUCGCAUCAUAGCUAUUCUCCACCAAGCUAUUUGCUUACCUUUCUUGGGAAAAUUACUCAACUGGAUUGGCCUUCAAAUUUCUUUGGACAAGUCUACUUCAUCGACUCAUCUUGAAAACUCAGAUAACCUUGAUAAAAUGUCAAACAAACAGUUGUCAAAGGAAAGUUCUUGUGAUCAAAACAUAUCAAAAAUUACUGAUGAUGAUACAAGUUCAUCCCGUAGUGAAUCUCCAGCUAUACAUCAUACAUGUAAUUGUAAAACAGUAAGAUUACGCAACAUGGAAAAUCAGUCCAGUAAUCAAGAUCCUGAUCUCUCAAACUCACCUGUGGAUUCCAAUCCUGUAUUUUGAUGAUUGCCUUUUUGAGGAAUGAUCUUUGUAAAUUAAAGAAGUCCUCAACAAAUGUAUGCUUUUAUUCAGCACUAUAAAAGUCAGCUACUUUGUAUGAAAUAUUCCACUAAUCAUUAACCCUAGUUCACAAAUUAUUUUCUAUAAAUUAUUGAAGGUUUUUAAAUGAAUUCAUUUUCAUUCCAAAUUUUAUAAAAUAAAUGUACCCAUGAAAAUUUUAAAGAAAUAUUGUUCAUAAAAUGCUAAUCUCCUGUAUAAAGAAUAUUUAAUUGAAACAAAGUUAAGGGGUGUAUUUAAAUUUUUCCUUUGCUCGAUAUUUGUAUGUAUGUCUAGUCAUAAGAUGAAAUAAUAUAGUUUGUCCUAAUUACGUUAAUUUAUCUUUUUUUCUGUGCUACUUUUCUAUGACAUAAUACCCUGUCUAUCUGUUAAUUCAUCAACUGUUGUCGAUGAUGAAAGUAAUAAUAAUUUUAAAAAUUCCUUAAAUAGGAUUAAUAGUCUGCAAAUCAGACACUAAAGAUAUGGGCUUGCAGCUUCAACUGCCACUUUAUUUUCUUGAGCUUACAGUAAUAUCACCUCAUCCUUAUCAUCCUAGUCAAGUUAAACCUGACCUAGAUUUUUUUAUAUCUGCCAUCCCUAUAUUUAUCAAAGUCACUUUAGUAACACUGGAAACACAUGCUUACAAGGCUCUGAUUUCUUUCAACCUCAUUGGGCAGGUUUCUUUGUGACAAAGUAACCAAGACACUACCUAUUCUGGCUCUUUAGCUUUCUACUAACUGAAUUUUUCGUGUUGUUCUUCACCAAUAGCUUUUAAUUUUUUUAGUCUUUGAUUACAAAAUAAAAGUGAUAUUAAUUGAUAAAUGUUAUGAUUGCAUUAACAUGAUAGUUCAUUAGACUCAGAAGGAUUACUGAAACUAGACACAAACCUAGAACAUAGACAAAGUGUUUUUUUUUUCUUUGUGUGUGGGUUUGCAAAUUACCCAAUAUAAAGUAGAUUGGUUCAUAACUGGUUCAUGUUUCUCUAAACAUAUCUUCUCUAUUACCAGUUUUAUAUUGCUACUACCUUAAUGUUGAUACAGAAAAGUAGAAUAGGAACCUCUGUGGUAACAUUGCUAUGGUAGCAAUAAUUUUGUUUUGUUACAUUGAGACUGCAAGGGCAGUGCCCUUUUUUCUCAAUUUAUUUAUUCUUCCUAUUAUAUAUAUGUAUUUUAUUUUUGUGAUCUUCGUCGAUUGGGAAGGAGGAUCAGGAUAACCAGGUGAGAUUUAUUGUGGUUGAUAUAUCUAAUUUCAAUUGUUACUGGUUAGUAGUUGAAAGAAAUGGUUAUCACCAAUUAAUUUUGACUGUCACAGAAUCUUAUUUAUAUAAACCUCUUUGUAAACAACGACAAAAGAAAUUUAUUUUAUUUUUUUCUCAGUUUAUUUUCAGCUGUUUUUUUCAUUUUAUUUUACUCAUUAAUAUUAAAAGAAUGAAAGCAUAA